GAGGAGGAGGAGGAGAGACAGCGGGGACAGGAGCGUUGUUUCCCGUGUGCUGGUGGCGGUGAUUUCAUGUGGAGAGGAAGCAGAAAGCAGCUCGUCUUCUACUCUUAAAACGGAUUUUAUUGAUUGUCUCCACGCAAAAUGUGUACCCCGUGUUGCAUAUCGCAGCUGGCCUGCUGCUGCGGAUCAGCGGCCUGCGCCUGCUGCUGUAACUGCUGCCCCAACAUCAAACAGUCCACUGGGACCCGCAUCAUGUACGCCUUCUACUUCCUGCUGGUCACCAUCGUCUGUGUCAUCAUGAUGUCCCCCACGGUGGAGCAGGGGUUACAAGACAAUAUCCCGUUCUACGGUCAGAUGUGUGAGCAGAUGAAGGCAGGGGAGAACUGCCAAACUCUGGUGGGCUACACGGCCGUCUACAAGGUGUGCUUCGGCAUGGCCUGCUUCUUCUUAUUCUUCGCCAUCUUCACCAUCCGCAUCCACAACAGCACAGGCUGGAGGGCGGCCGUGCACAACGGGUUCUGGUUGGUGAAGUUCAUCGUGCUGGUGGCGUGCUGCGCUGGAGGCUUCUUCAUCCCGAAUGAGGAAGUCUUUCUGGAAGCGUGGCGCUACAUAGGAGCGGGUGGCGGCUCCAUUUUCCUGCUGAUCCAGCUCAUGCUUUUGGUGAAGUUUGCACACAGAUGGAACACUAACUGGAGUUCAGGGGUGAAGCAUAAUCGCUUGUGGUACGCGGCCCUGGCCUUUGUGACCCUGAUGCUGUUCAGUGCUGCGGUCGGGGCCUUGGUCUUCAUGGGAGUUUUCUACACUGACCCCGAGGCCUGUUUACUGAACAAGAUCUUCCUGGGCAUCAACGGCAGCCUGUGCCUCGUCGUCUCCCUGCUGGCCAUCUCCCCCUGCAUACAGAAGCUGCAGCCCACAUCAGGCCUGCUGCAGCCUGGAGUCAUCAGUGUGUACGUCAUGUACCUCACCUUCUCAGCCUUCUCCAGCAAACCAAAAGAAAUCGUGGAAAGAAAUGGUAUGAACACCACCGUGUGUGUGUUUCCCAUCAACGCUGGGACGGAGAGCGACAAGAAGAUCGUGACCGCUGUUGGAGCCAUUAUCCUGUUUGGCUGUGUGCUUUACUCUUGCUUGACUUCCACCACCAGACGAAGCUCUGCAGCGCUUAGAGUGUAUGGGAACAGUGAGCCAGAGAUUGAGAGAGCUCGCUGCUGUUUCUGUUGUGGUGAUAACACAGACGACUGUGAUGAGGAGAACACUGGUGGAGGCCAGAGCGUGAAUUAUGAUGAGAGAGAGGGAACCAUCUAUGGCUACGCCUACUUCCACUCUGUCUUCUUCCUCGGAUCGCUUUACGUCAUGAUGACCAUCACCAACUGGUUCCAUUAUGAUGACCAUAAGAUUGAGAAGCUCCUGGAAGGGAGCCUGUCAGUGUUCUGGAUCAAGAUGGUCUCCUGCUGGGUCUGUCUCGUCCUCUACAUGUGGACCCUUGUUGCUCCCAUGGUGUUCCCGAAGCGUUUUGAGGCCUAGGACACCCCUCCCCCCCCCACACUGAGGUCAGGCUACUCAGGCAGAAGCUCUCACGCUGAGCCAGGGACCAGCCCCCCCCCCCUUUACCUUAAAACACAAACCUACACUCAGCGUGGAAAUUGAGGAUUAUCUGUUGCCUUUUGUUCUAUUUUACUUUGUUUUACAAUGUUAAUACCUUGAUGGUAGUUUUGCUAUCUUUUACUACCACUUACUCAUGGAGUUUUGUAUUGCUUACACAUUUGAAACUACAUAAAGAAUCAUGGGAGUACAUUGUGAAACAUAAUAAGCCUCCGACCCCUAUAGAUUCCUUCAUGAUUUCAGAUUUGAAAGUGUGUUUUGUAAGUAUUUACUGUGUGUCCGUUUGUUUCAGGUUUUCUUGUGCUUUUACUCUCAGCCAGGCAUUUCAGUUCUGUGUAGUUGGACCAUAAAGUUGUAGCAAAGUUUUGGGACAAAUGUAUUUAAGGUUAAAGAUGUUACAAGAUCAAUUGUAUUUAUUUAAGUGCAUAUUCAGUUAUCAGGAAUCAUUUUGUGAAGGUGUGGUAUGAAUUGAAUUACAAUUGUCCCUGACUCUGUUUAAAAUCUCAUCUCUCAGGCUCACAUGUAAGCUGUUUGUGUUUGUGUUUUCUCGCUCUCUUUUUGUAGAAGUUUUCUAUGCAACAGAACAAACUCUUUUAGAUAUUACACCCAGUGUUGUGAAGUUUCCACAAAGAUUUUAUUAUUGUCCGUGCUCCCUUUGAGCCAGAUUAUUUCUUAGGAAAAUCCAUGUCCACUCUUCAACAUUUCCAGUCAUCGUUGUUGUUGUACAGGGCAGUGCUAUUCAAAUCAACCUGCCUUACAUAAGAGUGACGUUAGUGGAGCGCCGCCUCUCUGGAAGAGCUGCAGUGACACAGUGAGGAAUGUUUGCCAAAGGUAGAUGUCAGAAAACAACCUACUACAUCUAAAUUGUUUGGUCGGUUAACAAAAAAAAAAAACAUAUGUAUUUGCAUGCACACACGGACACUUAAAUCAGCUAUUUUCUGUACAGUUUUAAAGGCUUUUGUUACAUGUGUCAGCUCAUAGUGGAGGUCAAAAUAAAGUAGCAUGAGGGUUUUUAUUAGUGAGUUAUUCAACACUGGAUGUUGAGUUUACUGCCGAAUUAAAAUUCACACAAAGAUCUUCAGCUGUUUGUUGCCAGUGUAACAGAUUUUGUUUGUAUAUAAAUACAAUGUAUUAUGCAUUGUCAACUGCAAAUCUUGUAUGCUCCUCAUUCAUCAAUAAAUCAGUAUGUCAUUUUGUCUGACUGUAUUGCUAACAUGCUUUUUAAUAUGUACAUUUUGGCUUAAGUCCUGUGGUCUGUUCACUCUUUCUUUCAAUGUCUGCUUUAUAUACCUGCAAAUAUUGUCAUGCGACUCGUCUUCUGUUGAAAAACUGCUUUUUAACUAUCGGUAUGAAUGUAGAAGAUAAAUGGUGCUCUUGGCUUUGAUAUCAAUCAAAAAAAUCAGAUAGCAGAAGCUACUGUGAAGCCUACCAUAACACACAGGACCACUUUAGUAGUAUGUUUUACUAUAUAGGCUGAGAUGUGGGUGCCAUGCACUUCAUUGUUCACAUUCUUUCAAUAAAACAUACAUUGAAUGCCA